AUGACAUCCAAGAUCUUCAACGUCGGCAUUAUUGGCUACGGCCUUAGCGCUAAGAUUUACCAAAUCCCCUUCAUAAGGGCAGCGAAAAAUCUCAAUCUAUAUGCCGUUGUCCAGAGGACGCCGAAGCCCAAUGAUGACGCAGAGAAGGAUUGGCCGGGGAUUAAAAGUUUCCGCAGUACAGAGUUAUUGAUCAAGGAUCCCGCCGUCGACGUUGUGGUUGUGACCACUGCCCCGGAUUCUCAUCUUGAGUUGGCGAAGCUAGCUUUGAAUGCAGGAAAGCAUGUCGUUGUUGAAAAGCCGUUCACCCCCACAUAUGAAGAGGCCCAGGAACUCGUGGAGCUUGCAAAGAAGCAGAACCGCCUGCUUACGGUAUAUCAAAGCCGACGCUGGGACGCCGAUUUUCUCACCCUAUCGAAGAUAGUCCGAGACGGCUCCUUGGGAAGAAUAGUAGAGUUCGAAACCCGAUUCGAGCGCCACGUCCCCGGCAUCCCGGGAUCGGCAUGGCGGACCAAGGCCAUGCCCGGCGGCGGCGCGAUAUACGACCUGGGUGCCCAUCUUAUCGACCAAACUGUGCUGCUCUUCGGUUUGCCGAAGCGAAUCACUGCGUUCCUUGGUAACCAGCGCGAGGGCGUUAGCGGUAGCGAUGAUUCGUUUACUGUGUUGAUGCACUACGAUGGAUUCUUGGCUACGGCUAAGGCGGCUGUUGUUAGUCCGCAGGAAAAGCAGUUGCGCUUUUGGGUUAAGGGUACCGAGGGGACUUUCAAGAAGUAUCACUUCGAUGUGCAAGAAGAGCAGCUGAAAUCAGGAAUGCGGCCUGGGGAUGAGGGCUACGGGAAGGAGCCUAGUGAGCGUUAUGGUACAUUGACUUCCGUUCAGAGCGAUGGUACGUUCAAGAGUGAAGUCGUUCCCACUGUCGACGCACCUCUAUAUACCGAUUUCUAUAGCAAACUCGCAAAGGCUUUGGCUGGCGAGGGUGAUGUGCCAGUGAAUCCUGUUGAAUCUGCGAGUGUUAUUCGGCUUGUAGAGCUUGCUGUUCAAAGCUCUGAGACUGGACGUACAUUGGACGUCAAUGUUUGA